AUGGCCGGCAACAUUCAACAGCAACUCGGAGAGCAUCUUCUCCGUGCUGCUCAAGUUGUAGAGGAGCAAAUUGAUCAAGAAAUGAACAAGUAUUGUGAUCGAAGGCUGUUGGAAAAGGUGUUAUUUGUUUCAGACUUGAGAACCUCGAGGAGGAUGAUCUGGAAGUGAUCCGUCGCAACCGAAUGUCGCAGAUGAAGAAGGCUCAAAAAGAGAAGAUUGAAAUGAUGUCGAACGGCCACGGAAAGUACGAAGAGGUGGCCGAUGAGAAAGAGUUCUUCGAAGCGACUAAGAAGAGCGACCGCGUCGUUUGCCUUUUCUAUCUUCCCGGAAACUUCCGCUGCAAAAUCGUCGAUAAGCACUUUGAAAUUUUGGCGAGAAAACACGUCGGCACUCGCUUCAUUCACAUCGACGCCGAGAAAGCUCACUUUUUGACGACUCGCCUUAAUAUUCGUGUCAUUCCAACCAUCUCUGUGAUUGUGGUGAGUCACACAGAUUAUAAACAAAACCACAAACUCAUAUUUUGUUAAGAAGCAACAAACCGUCGAUUACAUUCGCGGUUUUGACGAGCUGGGCGGAAAAGACGAGUUUACCACCGAGGUAACAUAAAUUUCGACAAUUUUCGAAACAAGGUUCUUUAUAGACACUAGAAAAUCGUCUCGCUCGUUCGGAAGUAAUCACUGUCGAGAAGCGGCAAGUGGCACCGGCAAAGAAGAAGAUCAUCCGGUCAGGAGUCGAUGAAUACGACAACGAAGAGGACUGGUAG